UCUGGGAGCAUGGGAGCGGACAUCAGGACUGUUGUCCUUGCAUGGGGGAUCUCCAUUUUCAAACCUUGCCAUCGCAAAGUCUGUUUUCACGCCGGGAAGAAGGUAAAGAUUGUGCCAGCUCAGUGGAUUGGAGAGGAUAUAAUUUCAAAAUGCUGAGCUUCAGAGCAUUUCUAUUUGAGGUGUGUUUGAGUCUGGUUGUUUCUACGGGCUCCUGUACCUGUAAACCUCUCAAUAAUGAUAUCCAAAGCGAGGACGCUGAGGGAUUCUACUCUCAGCUGUCAGAGGUGGACCUUCUGGAGGAGGAAGAUACAGACUUGAGGACGGAGACCCUCCUGGGUACCAUGAAGGAGGGCUUUUUGAGGAAACUCAACUUGUCAGAUGUUCCUCAGGAGCACAGCAAGAUCUGCCCUCCACAGUUCAUGAUGGAGCUCUACAACAAGUACGCUUCGGACAGCUCGGCAAUCCCUCAGUCUGAUGUCAUACGAAGUUUCACUGUCCAAGAUAUCACUCUCUUUGUGACAAAUGGCACAAAGUCAAAACACAGGCUGCAGUUCAAUGUCAGCAUCCCCAGCCAUGAAAAGAUCACCACGGCUAAACUACAGCUCUUCUUCUUCCCGGAUGCCAGGGCAAGGGUCACCUUCCACAGUUUCAAAGCCACCGUCAAAGUUUAUGAAGUGGAUCACAACGAUUUGACAUCCACAACCCAGCUGCUGGUUGGCAAAGAGAUGAUAGGCUUGCAGAGUAUGUGGACAACGUUUGAUGUAACCACAGCUAUUCAGAGCUGGAUCAAGUCAAGCAAUGGAGCAACUGUUUUUGAUGUAGUGGUGGAUAGGAAGGACUGUGGGGCUCCUGAUGGUGGAGAGGAAGGAGCAGGCUGUUUAAAUAUGAGUGUGUCUGUUGGAGAUAACACCUCAGCAGCUAUGAUAGUGUUCUCAGAUGACCUGGGUAGCAGGAGGAGGGAGACAAGGAAGGAGGUAAGAGAGAUGAUCCUCCAUGAAGAAGAAACCAUCUUACACUCAGGCGCCGACUGGAACAGAGAAGAGGAACUUCAAAAUGAGAUCCCGGAAGCUCAGCAUCCACGAAGAAACAAAAGAAAGGCAGAGCGGGAAUACUGCCGGCGGACCUCACUCAAGGUCAACUUUAAAGACAUCGGCUGGGACAGCUGGAUUGUGGCGCCUCCAGAAUAUGACGCCUUCGAAUGUCGAGGCCUGUGUUACCACCCGCUGACGGACGAAUCGACCCCAUCCAAACACGCCCUCAUCCAGACACUGCUCAACAUCAGGGACCCCAAGAAGGCCAACAUGGCAUGCUGCGUCCCCAUCAAACUGGACCCCAUCACAGUCAUGUAUCAGGAGAACGGACGUCUCACUAUAAGAUACCUGUAUGAGGAGAUGAAGGUGGCAGAGUGUGGCUGCAGGUAGUUGAGGAUGGUCGAUUUGCUCUUGUUGUAGCCCAGGUGAAUGUAUAAUGAAUAAAUAAUAUGAAUAAAACAUGUCCAGCGUCUAUUACAUCAGUCAUAUUUUAUAAUAAGACCUAGAGUCAAUAGCCAUGCUAGCAGUUCUGAUAGCAGCUCCGUGUCCUGAUAUGCAAUGAUAAUAAAGCAUCUAUAUAUCUAUACAAAGUACAGCUGAGGCUGGGAAUUUCAUACGUUUUCCAGGCUAUAACUGGAUCAAAAAGUGCUAGAUGAGAAGACAAACUUAUUAAAAUUCAUCCUCUGCGGAUCAUGAAUGUGCAUACCAAAAAUUUACAGCAAUCCAUCCAAUGGUUGACCAGAUAUUUUAAAAAUAUAUCAAAUUCAUGGUGAUACGAAAAGGAAAAAUCCAAAAAACCACCAAAGUCAGUAGGAUCCAUCCUCUUGGGGUCAUGAAUGUCCACACAAAGCAUCAUAGCAAUCCAUCCUGUAGUUGCUGAGAUAUUUCAGUGUGGACCAAUUCACAGACCAACAUUGCCAUAUCUAAAGCCUUACCACUAGCAUGGCUAAUAGAAUUAGCUGUGCUGAAAUUACAUAUACUGUAUGAAUAUUUUUACACUGUAGCCUUGAAAUAAACUCAAAAAUAGUGAAAUGUCUUGAAUUCAGUGUAACAGAAGAACCACCAACAGGUCAAUUCUUUUCGUUUCCAAAUGUAUAUUGAUGUGCUGAAAUAGAUCUUAUUUAGAACAGUUGACCUUUGCUAAAAUUAUGUCAUUUUUCACAUGAUAACACUAUCCAGCAGAAAACCAAAGGACACAGACAUUUUUACAUUGUAUAUUUGCUGUAUGUAAAAAGCUUGCAAUAUGUUGGCUUAAUAUGUUUUUAGUUUCAAAACUAAUAAAAAUACAUUUUUUGUAGGAAAUACUGUAAA